CUCAAAGUCACUUAGCAGCUGAUCUUCGAAAAUUUAGCUGGAAACUGUUUAUAUUUAUGUAACUUAUUCGAUCAUAUAUAUCUUCAGAGAUGUUUCGAAAAGUUGUAUUUGGAUCUGGCCUGGUUGCAUUAGUACCAGUUGUCAAAGCUGCAACACCAAUUCGAUCUUCGAAUGAUCCGGCUUUACCACCACCUAUGAAACCAUCUGAUUUGCCCAUUUAUGAAGCGCCACAUGCUGAUUAUGGAGAAUAUAUUCAGUCAAAAGCAAAUGAGAAGAAGAGUUCUUACUUAAGGUCAGUGCUUUUGUCACCUGUGCAAACUGUGCGGGAGCAGGUGCAGAUAGGAUGUGCACACACAGAGCAACUUACAAAUACUUUAAAAGAUAAAUACUCUGAGUUGCAUGACAGAUCCGAGUGGAUUAUACAAUAUUUAAGAGAAGAGGAAAACAAAGAGAUGAGAUAUGGUGCUGUUGCUAUGGGUGGUCUAACUGGGUUUAUAUUUGGUCUCAGAGGUGGAUUAAUCAGGAAAAUAUUCUAUGCUGGCUUAGGAACUAUGGGUAUGGGUUAUAUUUGCUUCCCUGAAGAGACCAAACAAUUUACAAAAGAUAAUGGAGCUUUUAUGAAACAGUAUAUAAACAUUGCUUACAACUUUUUCUAUGGAGUAAAACCUGGAGACCCACAGCUGGAGGUGAAAUUUCCUGAGUUAUCUUUUCCAAAAGAUUUCUCAGAAUUUCUUGAUUUGACGGUAUCUUUGGCUUCCUCUGUCAAACAGGCUGUCAUGCCUCCACCUUCUAAAGAAGAAGAUACAAAACUAACUAAACAAAAGGACUAGAUUAUUUAAGUGUUGAAUUAGUUCAAUGACUUACUUAUUGAUGGUACAAUAAUACUUGAAAUGAAAGAAGAAAUAUGAGAAGUUAAUAUUUAUUAUAACUGCAGUAUAACUUAUUCUACGUCAUCAGAAAUAAUAAAAUAUUAUAAAGAAAA